AUGCUCACAAUUCUGUGCCUCAUCAUCCUAUUUGGAAAAAGUGUUCCGAAGGAUCCAAUUGGUCAGAAUGUUAUUGUUCUACUGAUUGAUGGUUACGGCGCUAGUCUAUUAAACGAAUCAAAGCCGGAAACGAAAAUCGGUAUGCAACAUCUCAUUUCACACGGGGUUCAAGCAGAAUACCUUCGAUCUGCAUUCCCUACACAGAGUUGGCCAAACUGGUUAAGCCUUGCGACAGGACUUUAUACGGAAAAUCAUGGAAUGACAGCUGAUUACAUGUGGGACAAAGAAACGAAGUUCAGCUUUGAACGUGGGAAAGGUGUGAACGACUCCGAAGACAUAUGGUGGGAUGGUCUCCCAGCACCCCUAUGGUACACGGCAGGAAAAUCAGGCGUUGAUGUCCAUUGCUACUGGUUUGCACACUGUCACAGAGCCCACUACGACAUGGUGGUGAAAGUGCCUCCUAAAAGAUGGACCGAUCUCAACUUACCAGAACAGACCGAUAGGAUAUCACAAGCGUUUCCAGAGAUCGUAAACCGCAUUAUCAAAUAUCAAGCGUACAAGCAACAAAUGUUUCUGAUGCGUUACGCCGGUGUCGAUAACGCACUGAGACAAUUUGGAGCACAUUCAGAUGAGGCGAAUCAGGCUAUCGCAAAUAUCGAUCAGUAUAUACAUGAACUCCAGCAAAAACUUGAGGAGCAUGAUUUAUUCACGUCCACAAACUUAUUAGUGCUUUCUGACCAUGGGUUGGCACAGAUCGAAGAAGAAGAGCAAUUCUAUUUGGAGGAGUGCCUUUCAGACUAUUCCAAGGUUGUGAAAGUUGUGAACAUCCAUUCCAUGCUUAUGGUUUUCACCGAACCACAGGACGAAGGACAUGUUCAUUUCGAAUUGCGAGUAUGUGAUCAGUGGGCUCCUAUGGGUGAUUACGAAGAUACGGACGCGUUGCUUGUCAAAGCAUAUAAGCUUUCGGAGGUUCCUGAACGACUUCACUGGGCUGAUUCUAGAUUCAUGAGCGGUGUUAUACUGCUUACGAAGCCGGGUACCAGUAUUAUUACGCGAGAACUUCCAUCGGUUCCUUCGCCGAGCGAUCACUCUCGCGAAGCUAGACAGGCAAGUGGUUGGGAUCCAGAUGCGCCACAGAUGAGAGGCAUUUUUAUGGCUAGGGGACCAGCCUUCAAAGUCGAUGAAAAAACUGGCCCCAUUGAAAUUGUCGAUGUCUAUCAGACUCUACUAAACAUUUUGGCUGUGGAACCAUCGCAUUCUCAUAACGGAACAUGGUCAAAUGUGGAAGGAAUGCUAGCAAGUGGUUGGGAAGAACGACCCAACAGCGAUAAUUUCGGUUAUGCACCACGAAUUUGUACUGUUUUUCCACUCAUGAUAAUACCCUUCAUGCUUUUCUACUGA